GAAGUCAAGAGAUGUUGGAUAGGGCGCAACCUACGCAAACCUUCAACCAAGAGAAUAACCAUGAAGUAUUUUUCAAUAAUGCUGAGAUCACCAGCAAGGAGCUUCAGCUUAAGUGCUGCAAAAAACAAUCUAAUGAAUUCACCUCAAGUUACCUUGCCUUUGAACUUUGUACAAGGCCUAAGGCUUGAUUCAUCAGGAAACACAACAUUUGAUCUAGUAACACCUGCUACUGGGAAAAAAGUGAGAGAAGUUACUGUUUCUGAUAAAACAGAUGUAGACAAUGCUGUUUCCUGUGCAAGAAAUUCUUUUAAAGCCUGGUCUCGGUGGUCUGGAUUUGAAAGAGGCCAAGUUCUUAGAAGGGCUGCCAAUAUAAUCAGAAACAGGGUUGAAGAACUAGCUUAUACUGAAGUCUUCGACACUGGAAAACCAAUAUGGGAGGCCCGUUUGGAUAUAAUAGGUUGUGCAGACAGCAUGGAUUAUUAUGGAGGCUUGGCUGCAGCUCUGACUGGUGAAUUUCUACCUUUGAAUGGUGGUAGCUUUGCCUACACAAUAAGAGAACCACUUGGAGUUGUCGGAGCUAUUGGGGCUUGGAAUUACCCAUUCCAAAUGGCUACAUGGAAAUCUGCACCUGCCCUUGCAUGUGGCAACACAGUUAUAUUUAAGCCAUCAGAAUUUACACCACUUACAGCUGUCAUGUUGGCUGAGAUCUAUCAAGAAGCUGGACUUCCUGAUGGGUGUUUUAACAUUGUACAGGGAACAUCUGAUACAGGUCAGCUACUGACCAUACAUCCAGGGAUAAAUAAAAUUUCAUUCACUGGUAGUGUUAACACUGGAUCUAAGAUCAUGUCUGCGUGUUCUAAGGACAUAAAACACUUGACACUUGAACUUGGUGGCAAGUCUCCACUCAUCAUUUUUGCUGAUGCAGAUCUGAAAAAUGCUGUUAAAGGGGCAAUGUUAGCAAACUUUUCCAAUCAGGGACAGGUUUGCUCUAAUGGUACCAGAGUGUUUGUUGAAGAAAGUAUAGCUGAAGAGUUCCUUUCCCAACUGAUCUUCAGAGUGAGAAUGAUGAAGAUUGGAGAUCCAAGGCACCCAGACACAACUGUUGGAGCAACAAUCCAUAAAAACCAUGCAGAAAAAGUCCUAAAUUAUGUUGAGGUGGCCAAAAAAGAAGGAGCCGUCAUUGUGUAUGGAGGUGAUCGUGUUAACAUGGAUGAUCCUAACCUUGCUGGUGGAUAUUACCUACGGCCAUGUAUAAUAAACAAAUGUGAAGAUGAAAUGACUGUGGUUAAGGAAGAGAUCUUUGGUGCCGUUAUGUCUGUGCUGACAUUUAAAACUGAGGACGAAGUUACAAGGAGAGCAAAUAAUACAGAGUUUGGGUUGGCCGGUGGUGUAUUUACUAGAGACCUACAGCGUGCUCAUCGAAUAGCCUCCAAUCUCGAAGCUGGUUCACUGUACAUCAAUAACUACAAUGUUUAUCCUGUGGGUGUUCCGUUUGGUGGGUACAAGAAAUCUGGAAUGGGCAGAGAGAAUGGAGCUGAUACUUUGAAUUACUACAGCCAAAUUAAAUCAGUAUUCGUUGAAGGAGGAGAUAUUGAUUGUCCAUACUAGUCAAUAAAUAAGAGGUUGGGAUUUUUACAGAAUUUUUUUUCCCACUCAAAAAGUCUGCAUUUAAAUGCUCAACCAGAAAGGUCUGAAUUUUGUUUCAUUUAUUUUGAAUCAGAUAUUUAACAUAUAGACUUAAUAGACAAUGCAUUUAAUGACAUGGUAUCACAUGUAAAGGUCUAUAAUUCUUUUUAUUUUUCAUAAUUAAUAAAUUUUAUAUCAGAUGAAUGCAAAUGUUGGUCGCCUUUGAACAUAUGCAAAUGUUUCUGUUAUAAAUCUUAUUUGAAAAUAUACCUAUUUUUGCUUCCAUAUUAACUUUUUAAUUUCUGUUCUUUCAAUAUCUGUUGGUCAUUAUAAAGAUAUAUUAUAAAUUUAUAAUCUCUUGGCAGUGAAUAUAUUUGAAUUCUUGUUAAUUAUGUAUAAAUUAGGUUUACAAUGCUGUUAUACUACACAAAAGGCAUUAUGUCCUUAGGAUGAUCUGAGUCUACCCUACUAGACUAUAGGUGAUAUUGGUGCCAUUAUCUUUUAAUAUGAUUGAGUCACAAAUUCAAAUGAAUUCUACUCAUCUGCCUUAAGGGCCAUCAGAUUUAAAGGUUAAACUUAGUUUAAUUGAAAUGUGAAUCAUUUUUAUUGUUUACUGUAUUUAUUCAUUUUUUGGUAAACCAGCAAACACUUCAAUUUCAUCAUCUUUAACUGCAGAGAAAAAUAUAAUUUUUUAUAACCUUUUGGUGGAUGUAAUAACUUGAUAAUUUAUGGGUUUUGUUUUAAUUUUUACUCUAUUUUAUACUAUAAUUUACCAUACCAGGUUUUUUUUUAGUCUUUGUUUGUCAUUAAACAAUUUAGUUCUGCUGCUAAUUGCCAAAGACUAAUUGAUUCUGAUGUAAAGAUUGCUCAUUAUUUGUUUUUCCAAUUACCAAUGUGUCAAAUAAACUAAACAAGAUACAAUAAAAUAUUAGCAGU